CCAUUUUAGCGUUCGAGCGGCGCGCACGCGUUUCAUAUUUGGAAUUGACGGCAUUUAAAAAAAGUCGGAUUUCGAACUAAUUUCGUGUUGUAUGCCAGUGUGUUUUGUUGGAGGUGUAUUGCUGUGUUCGAAAUAUAAAUCUGUAACGGUUUUGUUAGUUUUGAAUAGUAAAUCGUAAAUAGGUUGUGUUUCGUCACUGGUGGGGGUAUUAUUUUUAGCAUUUAGCUUGUUAAAGCUGUUGGUGUGAUGUGAGACGGAUCUUAAUUUAGCGGUGCACAUGAGUGUGAACGCAGAGCCCAUCUGCAGUAAUUAAAGUAAAAUGAAAAAGAAGAGAAAACCAAACAGCGAAGUGAAAUAAAUAUAACAAAAAAAUAAUUUUAAAAGCAUUUAUUUAUAAAAAAACUCGCAUGGUUUAAACGGACUUUAUCCAGACAGAGACUGGGAGUGAAAUAAAAAAACAAAAUUAAAAAAAAAACACGGCUCUUUAUACAACUUACUCGUAUUCAUAAACAAACUUCAGGCCAUUUUCGAAAUCGGAACACAAAUAAGUAAUCGCCGUUUAAAAGGUGAUCGCUUUUGUUUAAACAUUUUUGGGACUGCCGCCUUUUUAUGUUUAUUUACCGUUUAAAGUAUUUUCGAAAAACAGUGGGAGUGCAAACACUCGAUUUUUGAAUGCAGUUGAUAUUCUAGUCGGUAAGAAAUUAAGAAAAAGUAAAAAAAAACGCGGGAAAGUGAAUGACAUUUCGUGAAAUUUUGACAUUUGGUGGUUUGGCGCCGUUUUUGGUAGUUUUUUGUGUGGGAUUGUCGAGAAUUUGUGUCAAAGUGGCUGGAGACGAGCAUUUGGACAUGUUGGGGGGGCCCGAAUGGGGGCAACGGGAGUCCAGCCCCCCUAGAGACGCUCCCCUGCCGAGUUUCGGCUUCACACAGGAGCAAGUCGCGUGCGUUUGUGAGGUACUACAACAGGCGGGUAACAUAGAACGCCUAGGCCGUUUCCUGUGGUCCCUGCCGGCUUGCGAGCGCCUCCAUGCACACGAGUCAGUCCUCAAAGCAAAGGCCAUGGUGGCCUUCCAUAGAGGCAACUUCAAGGAGUUGUACCGGCUGCUGGAGUCACAUACCUUCAGUCCGCACAACCAUCCCAAGUUACAGAGCUUAUGGCUAAAAGCACAUUAUAUGGAAGCAGAGAGGCUUCGCGGACGGCCUCUCGGCGCCGUCGGUAAAUACCGCGUCCGACGCAAGUUUCCUCUGCCCAGGACUAUAUGGGAUGGAGAAGAAACUUCAUAUUGUUUUAAAGAAAAGUCCCGAUCAGUGCUACGUGACUGGUACCUCCAUAAUCCGUACCCCUCGCCCAGAGAGAAACGGGAACUAGCAGAGACCACCGGUCUAACUACGGUACAAGUUUCAAAUUGGUUCAAAAACAGGCGGCAGCGAGACAGACAGGCCGAACACAAGGAUAGCAGCGGCGGGCCGGGCGACAAGCAGCUGGACUCGUCGUCGGACUCGGACAGCGACGCGGCGGCCGGCGCGGCGCACGCGCUGGCGGCGCACGCGCCGGCGCCGCUGUACCCGCUCUACGAGCACCCGCUCGCGCACCUGCAGUACCAUCACUCGUGACCCGCGCAGCACCACCACGAAGAAAAACUUCAAUGGACGAAAAUUGGAUCUAUACUCCACACUAAAGAAUUUUCGAAAAUUUGAUACAUAUCACAAAUCAAUACACAGUUAUGAAAUCCAUUUUAGCUGUAAUUUUAAUUGUAGAAAUAAUGCUAAGUCAACACUGUUUAUGUCCAAAAUUUUAAAUUAAGUUUUUCAAAUUAUUUGUGAUUUAACACAUGGCUUCCUACAGCGAUAAGUUUAAGAUACCUAGAUAUUUUUAAUUUAUUAUUUAAUUAUUUUGUACAAUUAUUAUAAAUAAAAUACCAAUUAUAAAAUUAAGUUCUAUGUUAUAGUUGUUUUAUAAUAUUGUAAUAUUAAUACUACAUGAGAUCUGAUUUUUAAGAGCCGGUUUUUUAAUCGUCAUUCAACUUUUAUCUAAAGAAUAUAAUGUACUUGACGUUUUGACAGCGUUUGUAUAGAAAAUAGUUAUGUCAAACCGCUAUAUGAAUUCCUUAGAUGGAAGUUAAUUGAUGAUUGAAAAAUCGGCCUUAAAUUAUAUAGGUAAUACGAUUUAAACAAAUAGGUAUAUAGAUCUUAUUUAUAGUAACUAAUGAAGCUGUUUUAAUUUAAAGUUAAAUGUUUAUUAUUUUUUAGCAUCAUCAAGAAUAAAGUUCAUACUUAUUAUAUCACUGACUAAACUGCUUACGAAAUUCGUUAAAAUUAAUAAUAUGUAUUUGAAUACCUAGGCUUGUAUUGAAUUAAUGAUGGACCUCUAAAUAACUGUUCUUUCUCAGUGGUUUGAAAAUAAAUUCAAUUCUACAUAACUAACAUUAUACAUAAUACACAUUUAAGCUUCUUAUGCAAUAAAUAGAUAAUAAAUAAAAAAUACUUGUGAUAAUUCGAACUCAUUUGCAGUUUUUUAUUUAUUAAAAUAUUUUUUUUUUGUCACAUCCAACACAGAACCUGUUAAUAUAUUAUUAUUUAUUGAAUAAGUGAAAUAGUAAAAUAAUUUAUUGAAUUAAUAAAACACACAAUGUGCUGUACAAUAUAAUUUUAGUUCAUAUUAAGCUGAUUAUUAUUAUUUGGUAUCUUUUUAAACAAACGUGUGUUGUUCA